AUGCUCCCUCUCCCCGUCUCCCUCUCCUCGCUCACUGCCCGGGGCGGUCGCCUCGGACACCGCUACUCCCGCUCAACGCACGACGUUCUCCGCACUCGCGCGCGCGUCACCAACCUCUCCGUCCUCCUCCUCGCUCUUUCGCUGCCUGCUCCGUCCUCUCAACCUCUCGUACUACUUUGCCUCGUCGUCUUCCUUCGCCCCCGACCGCGGGUACAAGCUCCCCAACGACGCAGCCGAGGCCACAUGGGCACACGACGGGCCGUACGCACCCCAUGGGCGAUGUGGGAGACGGUCGCGCGGGAUAGGAAGCUGGAGGGCCUGGACCAUCUCGUGCUCGUGCCCGGACACGCGGUGUGGACGGGGAACAGCGUGGAGGAGGGGCUGGACGAAGACCACUGGAUCCUGGAGCCGUACCAGCGCGGCGGCGGACGCGUGCAGGCCUUCGUCCGGCACAUCCUCGCUGCGUCCGACAUUGCUCGAGCAGACACGCACGCCCUCCUUGUAUUCAGCGGUGGCCAAACACGGCUCGCGGCGACGUCAACGGAGGCAGAGUCGUACCUCCGCCUCGCGCACCUCUCCUCCCUGCUCCCCUCCGCGUCGUCGCCCGCAGCGUCGCCCCACACGCCCGUGCUGCGCGCGACGACGGAGGAGCACGCGCUGGACUCGUUCCAGAACCUGCUCUUCUCCCUCGCGCGCUUCCGCGAGUACACCGGGCGGUGGCCCGCGCGCGUCACCGUCGUCGGCUACGAGAUGAAGCGGCGGCGGUUCGCGGAGCUCCACCGCGCCGCGCUGCGCUGGCCCGCGGACCGGUUCGAGUACGUCGGCAUCGACCCGGACGGCGAGGACGCGGCGACGGCCGCGCAGGGCGAGCUGCAAAACGGCUACAAGCCGUACAGGGAAGACCUCUACGGCUGCCACGGCGUCCUGCUCGCCAAGCGGCGGUCGCGGAACCCGUUCUCGCGCUUCCACUCGUACUACUCCUCCACCCCAGAGAUCGGCCCGCUCCUCAACUGGUGCCCUGGCCGCCCAGACGGGGGCCAGACAGAGAUCUACCCCGGGCCGCUGCCGUGGGACGAACCCAAGUGA